CAAAAACCCUCCUCGAUCGGAAACCGCUACUCUUCUCAAUUACCCAUUGCUUCUCUGUGUGUAGCAUUAAUGGCUAAGCCCAUCUCGUUUCACAAAGUGUUUGAUAUUUUGGGGCUGCUUAGUCUUCUGCUAAUGAUGCAGAAAGGUGGUGCCUAUGAGUUCAAGGUUGGUGGUUCCAGGGGCUGGACUGUCCCUUCUGAUUCCAAAGCAGCCAGCUACAAUCACUGGGCAGAAACCAACAGAUUUCAAGUCGGAGACAGCCUAGUCUUCGACUAUUCAGCCCACAAGGACUCAGUCCUCCAAGUGAUAAAGGAUGACUACACUAAUUGCAACACAGAAGCACCCCUUAACAAGCACACGGAUGGGCACACAGUGUUCCCGUUCAGUCAGUCUGGGGCCUACUACUUCAUCAGCGGAGUCCGACAGAAUUGCCUCCAUAAUGAGAAGAUGGUGGUGGUGGUCAUGGCGGAUAGAAGCAAGGGCUCUGAGAAUGCUGCCACUUCUUCCAUUUCCAAAAGCUUUAUCGGCUCCAUUGGUGGAGCCUUUCUGGGUUCAUCUCUUCUUUUACUAGCAAAGAUCUGAAGCGAGGAGUUGGUUUGAUGAUUGCUCUGCCUCUGUAUGUUUUCGUCAAGUGUACAUGAUUUUUUUUUUUUUUUUUUUGUUAUGUUCAACUUCUCUGGGUUUGCUUGUUUUUCCACCAAUGUGUGAACCACGUACAAAGAGCAAUAUAUUGUUUUUUUUUUUUAAUUUUGCGGGUAUAUAUGCAUACAAGAAUUACUUGUUUAAUAUGCAAGGAAGGUGCCCACGUUGCUGCAAACUAGUUACAAACAGAUGAGAUAAAAAAUCAGCCAUUUUGCAAAACAAGAGUAAGACUGCAUAUAA